UGCACUGGGCAUGUCACUGACCAUGCAGCACAUCAUCAGUGAUGCACAGACACUGUGCACAAGGCUCAAAGACCAUGAAUCGCUGGCAGACAGACUCAUAUCACAGGCUCAAUCCCUCUACAAGCAAGUGGAUGCCAUGAAGCAGUAUGAAGAGGAAGUAGGGCAGCUGAACGAGGUGGCGCACCAGAAGCCACGCGACGCGCUCGUCCAGGGUAUCCAGCAGGAGAACCGGCACCUGCGCGAGCUGCAGCAGGAGAACAAAGACCUGCGCAACUCGCUGGAGGACCACCAGAACACGCUGGAGUUCGUCAUGUCCAAGUACCGGAAGCAGGUGACCCAGCUGAUGGAGAUGAACAAGUGCGACCGUGACGUGGGCCGGACACAGGCCGGCGGCGCAUCGUCGCACCAGACGGUCGACGCCGCGCUGCUGGAGCUGCAGGCGGAGAAGAUUCACGAGAUGGCGCUGGUGAUGCGCCGCGCCGUGGAGCUGGACGAGCAGGGCGAGCACCGCGCCCAGGAACGUAUCGCCCAGCUCUGCGAGGAGAACAGGGGCCUGCGUGAGGUGCUGCGCGUCGGCUACAGCUUCAACGGCGACCUGAUGCCGGCGGCGGCGCUGGGCGUGCCCUCGCGCCGCUAG